AUGAAAACCACCCCUCACGUCAAAGCCACUCCGGUGGCCUUCAGGGCCUCUCUCCUCCAGCUGCUCCUGGCCCUUAGCACCCACCCUGGGCCUCACCCGCCAGCACCCAGGGGCCUGGAGAGACCUCUGCCCUGGCCUGUGUGCGGCCCAGACCUGGGAUUCCCGGAGGCGGCCAUCUGGGCCUCCUCCUCUCCCUCCCGGCCGAUCUUAUCUGCCUCUUCCUCCCAGCUCAGCGCAGCCUCCCCUCAGGCCUCCUCCUUCCAGGCCCCCCCCUCCUGUCUCCCCCAGGACCUGACCUCCUCUCUCCUGGGGCCCGCAUCCCGUCUCCCCCAGGCGGGCCCCCUCUCUCCAGGGGCCCCGGCCUCCCAUCAUCCCUAG